AUGACGAUUCCUUUAGGCAGAUGGCAUAGAGAGAAUUUUGGGUCUAUAGACAUGAGGAUUAAAAAGUUUGAGGAGGAGAUCAAGAAAGUAUACGAUAUGGUCAGUAAUGGAGUGCAUGAUGAAACCUUGGAAGCAAGAAGGAAGGCACUGGUCAGCUCUUGUAAGAGGUGGUAUAUCAGGAAGGAGGUACAUUGGAAGCAGAUGUCAAGAUCCAGGCAUGCAAAGGAGAUGGACAAAAAUACUCGGUACUUUCAUAAUUUAGCCUCAGCUCGAAGGAGGAACAACCGGAUUGAUACUUUAAUGAUUCAUGGAAGAGUAGUGAGGAAUCAAGCCAGGAUUAAGGUGGCUAUAAGAGAUUUCUACAAGGACUUGUACCAACAGGAGGUGUCACCUAACGUAGGCUUUCGGGAUGGGUUAGUAAUGCAGAUAGAUAUGGAAGAGGCAAUAGAAGUGGAGUUGAUGCCAUCUGUUGAAGAGAUAAAGGAGGCAGUAUGGGAUUGCGAGUCAACAAAAGCACCAGGAAGUGACAGAUAUAAUAUGAAUUUUAUCAAGAAGUGUUGGGAAGAAGUUGGGCAGGAGUUUACUGGAGCAGUCUUGGAUUUUUUUCGGUCUUCGAGUUUACCUAGAGAUUUGAAUAUCACUUGGGUGGCGCUGGCGCCAAAGUUUGUUGGGGCUAAAGAAAUAAAAGACCUCAGGUCGAUUAGUAUGGUGGGUUGUGUGUAUAAGGUCAUAUCUAAUGUAUUGGUUCGGAGAAUGAGGAAGGUCAUGCCAGGGUUAGUAGGAGAGACACAGAGUGCGUUUGUGAAGGGCAGGAAAUUCAUGAUGGGGCAUUAA